UAUCGAUUUUUUUUGUUUCACACAGCAGUCAAAUCUAGUAGAAGCAGUACCUUAAAUUCUUAUUAUGUUCAGGUUUUGAUUUUGGAGUACUGUAAAUAAUCGCGACCAAAAUUCUUAAUAGACAAGCAGGCAAUGGCACGUUACCUAGCACAGAUCAUAAUUUUGGGCACCAAAAUGGUUGGGCGAGCGUUGAUGAAGACGAUUCGCCAGGAAGUUCAAGCAUUCGAGGAUGCGGCCCGUAUACAGGAGACGUUGAAGGCCAAUGAGCCUACCAACAGGAGUGUGUUGGCCAAAGGGAUGAGCCUGGUGGAAGCGCAGCUGAUUCUCAAUGUGAAGGAUCUUAAUGACCGCGCGUUGAUCGACACACAUUACCAGCAUCUGUUCCAGGCCAAUGAAAAACCCUCCGGCGGUACCUUUUAUAUCCAGUCGAAGGUCUUUCGGGCCAAAGAGCGGAUCGACAAGGAACUGGCCAGGCUGGAUGCCUUGGCUAAAUUAAUCGACCCCUUACCUCCAUCCCCAUCAGGUUUCGCUUCCGGAACACAUCCCCAAUCAGAGUCCCAGGCCAAAGAGCCCGACCACAAAAGCCGUUAAUCAGUCCCGGCUAGAUUUCCAGCCUGACUUUUUGGUGGCGUGCAUUCAUUCAAGCUGUCCUGUAAUAUUAUCUACAAAAUCGUCCUCAAACUUCGUGUACACACAAACAUAUAUAUUUAAAUCGUCUAAUAAAUAUCAUGUUUUUGU